AUGGCUGCGGCGAUGAUUAGUGAUCGAGGACUUCGUAAAAAGUUGACACAAGAAGCCAUUCCAGAAAAAACACCUCGGAAACCUUCGAAGCGUAAAUCUACAGCCAGUUCUUCAAAGGCAGAUAAAAAGAACGAGCAGAACAACAAUAAAAGACCUAAGAUACAAACGGGAGAUCCUAAAUUGGAUUUGUUUUCAACAUAUCAGCCGUGGGUGAUACAGACCUACGGAGAUUUAGCUAAAACGAAAACUAUAACAUUAAAAAAGUAUGCGCGAAUCCUGCGCACGUUACGAGGAGAGGAAUGUAAUAGUUCGGACAGCUCCAAGUUUCGCUUUUGGGUGAAAGCGAAGGGCUUCCACGUGGGAAAACCACCAGGAUACGAUGCAAAGCCAGCCGACGGCAUCGUGUGCCGAUAUAGCGUGCAUGAUGCUGAAGGAUGCAAAAUGGGGAUGGAUGGUCAAGAUAUAUAUAGUGGGUCACAAAACGAUCCCCCUCUUUAUAUACCUACGCCGCCAGUUAAGCAUGUGCCGCUGCUCACUUCAACUUAUUAA